CGGUCAGUGACGCUAGAGCAUGCGCCGGAAGUGUGGAGGAGGACUCGGGCUCGACUCGAUCGGCAUGACUUUCUAUCAGGAGCUGCAGGCUGCGAAUCGAUCAGAAAAAAUGCGGUUUAUAGAGGAAUAAUAGCGGGUUUCUCUCAUGACAGGACCGCACAGCUCCGCUUGAGGCCGCUGGACGGAGAAACAGCAAACAUGGCGAGCUAACCGGGUCGAGCGGGAGCGGAGCGAGUGUGUGUGCACGUGAUUUUGUGUGUGAGGUCAUCGGCCACAAUGAUGCAACAGAAGCGCAACAUUCAGAUCAUCGAGUGGGAGGAUCUGGACAAGAGGAAGUUCUACUCUCUGGGCGUCUUCAUGACCAUGACCACACGCGCCGCCGUCUACCCGUUCACCCUGAUCCGCACCAGACUGCAGGUCCAGAAGGGGAAGUCGCUCUAUAACGGCACCUUCGACGCCUUCUGGAAGAUUCUGAAGGCUGAGGGGACGCGUGGCCUUUACCGAGGGUUCAUGGUCAACACGUUCACGCUGAUCUCAGGUCAGGCCUACAUCACUACCUACGAGCUGGUGAGGAAACACGUGUCCUGUUACUCGUCCAGUAACACGGUCAAGUCUCUGGUGGCGGGCGGCGUGGCCUCACUGGUGGCCCAAAGCAUCACGGUGCCCAUCGACGUGGUGUCCCAGCAGCUGAUGGUGCAGGGUCAGGGGUGUCAGCUCACACGCUUCAAACUCAAGUCCAAGAUGGUGAUGGCCACGUCCAAGCACAAAGUGACGUUUGGCCAGACCAGAGACAUUGUGGUGCAGAUUUUUCACGCGGAUGGAUUUCGGGGCUUUUAUCGUGGAUAUGUGGCGUCGCUCCUCACCUACAUACCCAACAGUGCCGUCUGGUGGCCGUUUUAUCACUUUUAUGCAGAGCAGCUCUCCAGACUGGCUCCAGUGGACUGUCCGCACCUCCUCCUGCAGGCCGUGGCGGGACCGAUGGCUGCAGCUACAGCCUCCACCCUCACCAACCCCAUGGACGUGGUCCGAGCCCGAGUACAGGUCGAAGGUCGUUCGUCUGUGAUGGAGACGUUUAAGCAGCUCCUGGCUGAAGAGGGCAUGUGGGGUCUCACCAAGGGUCUGUCUGCACGCAUCAUUUCCUCCAUGCCCACGUCGGUCAUGAUCGUCAUCGGUUACGAGACACUAAAGAGACUCAGUCUGCGGCCUGAACUGGUGGACAGCAGACACUGGUGAAAACGCACAUACCUCAACAUUUUAUUAUUUUCACGUUUUAUAAGGACCAGGCAAUAAUUGGCGCUCAAAUGUGAACUUCUAUUUCCUCUCUCCCUUUUUUGUGGAUUUUGUAUAUUUUGUAACCUGUGAACUCAGUGGAGUGCGUCCGACCCAAACUAGUAUUUUGUAAUGAGACGUCAUGGAACACUCGCCUGGAAUAUGAGAUUUUGAAGUGAAAAUAAUUUUGAAAUGGUGACUUUGACACUUUCUUGUGAAUCUCGUGCAGUGCUCUUCACUUCAUCUGACAGGAAGUGAGAUCAUCACAUCAGUUACAUGGUAGGAAGAAUGAGAACAUGUAUGGCUUUUCACACUUAAAACCCUGGGUCGUUUUUAACCCUAGCAAAUAGUCAGUUUUGUCUUAUGUAUUAAUAUUAUGUCUUUAUGUCAUAAUAUUAAUAUUGUCUUAUUUAGUUAUUAAUAUUGAUUGGAUAAGUGCUCUCAGUCUUCUGAAACACAAAUAUUGUCUAAUUUAAUAUUCCAGUUUGAUAUUUUUAAACACGUUUAUGACUUUUCAUGUGCAUAUUAAACCUCAUGUCUCUGUGCUCAUGCAUAUUUAAUGAGGCCAGAAUUGACUAAACAUGUGACUAGCAUUUCCAUGGUCAUGAAAAUCUGGAAAUAUCAGUGCAUAUUAAAGGCAAUUAAUUUAGAAAUUCAGACUUGGAAAACUUAUAAAAAUGUUUAUGGUGAAUACAAAUUUACUAAUUAUAUAUUAAGCUCAGGUCUUAAAUAUUUAAAUAGUCUCUUCAAAUUAGGAAAUUAUCGUUAAAAGCUUCAUCCAUUGAUCAAAAACAACUGUAAAAACGUGUAAAUUCAUUUUAAAAGUGGCCUUUAACCAGGGUUAAACGUUAUGUGAAAAGCCUUGUGAGAAAAGUUCGAAAGAAUCAUGUUGUCUUGAAUGAUAUUUCAGUUUGAUUGAAUCUUCUUUGGAUUGUCAUAUUUUGUGUUUGUAUCAUGCCUUGUCUUUAACCGUCAGCAAACAGCGUUUUGGGGCCAAAGCUUUUACAGUUCAAAUGUUUUAUAAAUGUGCUUCAUAUUUUAAAAAUAACUGCCGUAGUUGUUUU